CCGAGUUUUUUAUUUUCCUUUUUCAAUAUUUAACAUUUGAUUUAAAUUAUAAAACUUUUAUUUAAAUUAUUUGAAUAACAAGCCAAACAAAGAAAAAAAACCUACAAAACCAUAAAAAUUUCGCUUUCAUCUUUCUCCCGAAUUGUUCAUAUUGCAUUUGGUUGAAAAAUGCUGAAACUACGCAACAUCUGGUCAACUGUGGCCAAUGGCAACGGACACCUGACUCCUGCCGUCCGAUCUAUUUCAACAACGGCAAAUUGCAAAGAUUCGGACUCAUGGUUUUCGAAAUUGCUUGUACGUAAAAUUGAACCAACCAAGGAAUCGCAUAGUCGCAUGCUGAGCGAUAAGGAAAUUAUAUAUGCAUUACAUACGCAUAAUGUGAGACCUGAUUCGAUGAGUAACUACCUGAAUAACUAUAAAACUACGGUGGCUUUAAUUAAUGACAAAAAGGCGAACCUUUCGUGCAAUUUGGUUGCCUCGUGGACCGUUCAGGUGGGCGACAUGGAUCAGUGUUUACACUUAUGGAAAUAUACGGGUGGCUUUGAGAAAAUCGAUCAGGCCAAAGAGGAUCUAUGGAAUGAUGCCGAAUAUCUUAGCUUAAUGAACGAACGUUCGAAAUUUCUACGUUCCCGGCAUUUGCAAUAUCUGUUGGCCUUCAGUUAUUGGCCUCAGAUAGCUAGUCGUUCGGGCAAAAAUAUCUACGAAAUGCGUUCAUAUCGACUGACACCUGGCACCAUGAUUGAAUGGGGCAAUAAUUGGGCGCGUGCCAUUAACUUCCGCAAGCACAAUAAUGAGGCAUUUGCUGGAUUCUUCUCCCAAAUUGGUCGCCUAUAUAAUGUUCAUCAUAUUUGGUGCUACAAAUCGCUGCAGGAUCGCAAAGAGACCAGAGAAGCCGCCUGGCGUUCACCUGGCUGGGAUGAAUGUGUCGCCUAUACUGUCCCCCUAAUCCGUGACAUGCAUUGUCGUGUUUUGGCCCCAACUGAGUUCUCGCCAACACAAUAAAAACACACACACACACAAAACCCUCCCCCACACACACACAUAUAUAUAUAUAUAUAUAUAUAUAUAUAUAUAUAUAAUACGAGUAUAUACCCAUACAUAUGCUUGCAUGUCUCAUGCUCUAAACAAUGAUGAUAAUGAUAAUGUUGUUUCCCUUUUCCGUUCCUUGUUAAAUAGUUUUGGAAUUAUUAUUAUUAAUUUUUCUUCAAAUUCUUCUUUGUAUAUAAUGCAUAGAACUUUUAUUACAACUAUGUUUCCUCUUCCUUUUUUUUUUUUUUGCCUAGUAUUAAGUCUAAAAUGCAUUUGUUUUUCCUAUUCUGAGCUAUGUAUGACCUUUGAAUUUAACAAAAUUGAAAACGAGAAAAAAAAAAUCAAAAAACAAAAAAAGAAGAAAAGAAAAUUUACGAGAUAAAAGCGCAAAAUAAAUCUGCAUUUAUUGGUACUAA